UCUCCAUCCACCCGCCAUAACCCGGUGCCACGAUCCCUCAAACUUAUCGGCAUCCAACACAUCUCAUGCCCACCCUCCUCGCAUGUGGAUCUAAUGGCGCAGGCCAGCUCGCCAUCGGCCACGUCGAAGACGCGGCGGUAUUCUCGCCCUGUGUCUUCGACCCAUCUUGCCCCCCAUUUGAAAGCGUGAUCGACCUUGUCUCUGCCGCGUCGCACGCGCUGCUUCUCGUCUCCGCGGAGGGAAGAAGCCAUCUUCUAGGCGCCGGGACGAACACACAUGGGCAGCUUGGUAAAGCGUGCGCACUGACUGAUUCCUCGCGCCCGGCCACCAGCUUCCGCCCGCUCUCCAUCGUCCGCGAUGCCGGCUUCGAGGGUUGGGAGCCCAUCAAAGUUGCAGCAACGUGGACGACUAGCUUUGUCGCCCUCGAGUCGCCAGAUGGCAGCGCGGCGCGCACACAGGUCAUCGUCACAGCAGGCUCGGACGACUUCGGCGAACUAGGCGGCGGUGUUAUUCGCCUCAAGGACGGUGAGCGUGUCGAACACCUGCGCGGAGGACAGCGACAUGUGCUUGCUGUGCUGUCAUCCGGGAGCGGGAAUGCACGCAAACAGCGCGUCAUCGGCUGGGGUGCGGCGCGCCGAGGCGAGCUCGACCCCAAGCCCCAACCCCCAAUGGGCAAGGGCAAAGCGCGCGUAACUCGCACCAGGCCCCCAACUGAACUCACUCUUGAGCUCUCAUCACCCAUCAUCGAUAUCGCCCUUGGCGCCUCGCAUACUCUUGUCCUCCUUGCCAACGGCAGGGUGCUUGCGUGGGGCAGCGACCUCAAGGGUCAGAUUACGGGCCUCGACGACGCGACCGGCGUCCGCGCCAUCGGUGCGACAUGGAACGGCAGCUACCUUCUGACAGACAAGCUCUGGUCGCAGGGCUCCAACACCCAUGGUCAGCUCCUGCGUUCCGACGCCGGUGAAACACGUGCACCACGCUUGCCUGUACCCUUGGAGGCAGAGGCGGUCGAGGCCUUUGCCGCCGGGAGCGAGCACAUCUUGGCCCUGGCACGCGCCGCCGCGCGCACAGACCUCUGGGCGGGAGGGUGGAAUGAGCACGGAAAUCUCGGCGUCGGGAACACAAUCGACUCCGCUCAGCUUCUCAAUACUGGCGUGCGCGCGACGCGGGUUUGGGGCGGGUGCGCAGCGAGUUGGGCAUUGGUAUAGUUCCGUCGGGCGCUCGGACCCGGCACGCCUCGGACAGCGGCCAGAACGCAACGAGUGGCGGAUCAAGCGGGGCAUGCGUUCGCAGCAGAUCUGAGGAGAAGCAAGUGCUCCACGAAGGGGCCAGAAAGGCGGCAACGUGGUCGGUGAUGGCAACCAGUGCACCCAUGCACCCCUCGCAACACUGGACGCGCAUGGGCAGAUCAUCAUUCCCGGCUGCCUCGAC